UAUAUUCCUCUACGACGAUUGAGUACUGUAGUGACCAAAACCGCGCCACGCCUCACUCCGACAAACUCGUCCCCAUUUUUAAGGAACCCCAAGCCCCUACACUUCAUCGAAACUCUCUCUCUCUCUCUCUCUCUCUCUCUACGUGUAGUAAUAAGUAAUGGCAGUGAAGAAUUCCAAUCCAACGGUCGUGAUCACCAACCUCAGCUUCACGUACCCCGGAAUCGAUGGCCAUCCCCCGCCGGGCUCCACCCCUCUCAUCGACGAGUUCUCUCUCACUCUCCACUCCGGCGACCGAUGCCUCCUCGUCGGAUCAAAUGGCGCAGGGAAAACGACGAUACUGAAGAUACUGGGAGGGAAGCACAUGGUGGAGCCCAGCAUGGUUCGCGUGCUGGGGCGAUCGGCUUUUCACGACACCGCCUUGACGUCUUCUGGAGAUCUCUGCUAUCUCGGAGGGGAGUGGAGGCGAGAUGUUGCUUUUGCUGGGUUUGAGGUUCCAAUACAAAUGGAUGUUUCUGCUGAUAAGAUGAUUUUCGGAGUCUCAGGGAUUGAUCCUCAUAGAAGAGCUGAACUGAUCAAGGUGUUAGAUAUCGAUCUAUCAUGGAGAAUGCAUAAAGUAUCUGAUGGUCAGAGAAGACGUGUGCAGAUCUGUAUGGGUCUGUUAAAGCCAUUCAAGGUACUUCUUCUUGAUGAGAUUACAGUUGAUCUGGACGUGCUUGCGAGGGCUGACCUGCUGAAGUUUCUUAGAAAGGAAUGUGAAGAGAGAGGUGCUACAAUUAUAUAUGCCACCCAUAUAUUUGAUGGUCUUGAGAGUUGGCCAUCACAUAUCGUUUAUGUGGCUCAUGGAAAUCUGCAACUAGCAAUGCCGAUGGAUAAAGUUAAGGAGAUCAGCAACAUGUCACUAAUGAGAACCGUGGAGCAAUGGCUGAGAAAAGAGAGAGAUGAGGAGAGGAAGAGAAGGAAAGAUAGAAAGGCAAAGGGUCUUCCAGAAUUUGAGAAGCAAGUUGAUGGAAGUCGCGUGGCUGGGGGUCCAGUCAUUGCUGCUGUACGCGCAACGAACAAUGGUUGGGCUGCAGGAAGGCUGCACUCCACCAUUGCCGGUGAAGAGAAUUUUGUAUUCAGCUCGAACAGAGUUCUGAGACAAUGAUUGAAUUUAUUUCAACCCAAAAUAAUCCUCCCAAGCUUAGAAUGCUUUUGUCGUAGCCAAGUUGGUAAUGUCUUGCGUGAGUUUUUCAGCCCAAAAGAGCAUGACGGCUGCAUUCUUCAAGUAUAGUCUGUGUAGAGGUGCAAAUAGUUAGUGGGUGUGUAAUUCGUUCGAGUUUGUACUGUUUGUGCCUUCUGGCCUGAAUGCUAAAUGUAUUGUUUAUGUUGUGAUGAAAGUGAUUGCUGAUUUUGUUCGAUUGCGAAAAGUUCACAAUCAAAAGAUCGAAUGAGAAAUUUGAUAUUCCAUUGCUCA